AUGGCCCAUAAGCCGGUGUUUCGAUCCUUGCGACUCGGUCCUUAUUCGAUUCGGGACUCUUUACAUGGUCUGGGUCAGGGAUAUUUGAUGGAUCAGGACUCAGAACUCAUACCAAUCCCAGAUCAGCACGACUCUCUAAUCACUGCCGUCUUGUCUUCUACCUGUUUUCCCCAACCAGCACGAGUCUGGCCUCUCGGGGACCUCAGAAACUAUGGUUUUCCUGCCCUGCCCCAGCCUUUUCAGUUCAGUAAGCUUGGGAUUCCUGGCACAGAAGCUAUCAGCAAGCGAGCACUAGUUCAUGAAGAGAAAAGCCGACGCGCAGCAUUGGUUGGGAAUGGUAUUCAAAGGUCAAGCCCUAGAGCUCUUGUAGAGCUGGCUCCGUACUAUGAUUUCUCACAUCGGAUGAAAGGACUGAAGAGGCUUGUCGACAGAUAUAAGGCACCAGGUAUAUGGUGUUAUCAAUUAGGUAAUUUCGCAUCUUCUGUGCUGCUCAACCCGCUCGGUGCUUUGCCACGUCACUUAGGCUUUGGAGCUAGGGCAGGAAAGGUUCAAUCAAGGAGGAGUCCGGACCCGUUAGUAAGGGUCGAUUACAUUGAGGGUGAGCCGCAAAAGCUAAGAAGGGUCCGAAGGACACCAGGCGUUAGCCGAAGUGGAUUUAUAGGUGAGCUGUGCGUGGGGUGGGCGUUUGUGGCGGGAGAAUUAGGCGAGACAGAAAUGGGGGUCAUGGAAGAAUUGGGUUCGAGUCCCGUUAUACGCGAUGUGGCGAAAAAGACAGGUCCCAUUUUAGACAGAAAGAACAACGAUGAUUACGAUAUUCUUAUCUUACGAUUAUAG